AUGGCGCAACCACAGCCGCAGCAGUCCCAGGUCCCGCCGCGGGCAUUCUCGCCUCCCCAGCCCAGCCCUUCUCCCGCAGCAUCACAACACUCCGGCUUUGCGCUGCCUCCCAACAAACGAGUACGAACCGACGGCCCUGCAUCACAGCCCGGCUCGCCCUACGCCGCCUCGCCCUACGCCAUGAGCCCCGUUCCCGCCGGAUAUCCUAUGCCCUACACCAACGGCCAUCCUCCUCCUCCCCAGGGACUGAGUCUCCCAGCCGCCUCGCCCACAGUCUCAGCACCCGUCAUGCAGGCCCCUCACCCAGCGCCGUAUACGAACGCGACAAUGCAGCCCAUGGCGCAAGCGGCAACUCCUCUGCAGACGCCCGGAAUCAUGGGCCCUCCUCAGAAGCCUGCAGAGAGGCCCACCAGAGACUACGAAUACGACGUGACGGAUUCAUUAGCCGGCACGGGUAUCGAUCUCCGCGCAGAGGAGCAGUACAUGUCAGAGCUGUACUCGAACGCCUUCGAGACCAUCUCCGAGGCCAGGACAGGAUUCGCCCACUAUGCGCCAGGUUCCAAGUCGUCAUUCUACGGCGCUGGCCCCGCCAACCAGCCCGCCCAGCCGACGGACUUAUCCCAGAACCAGUAUGCCGCCCAAGCAGCUGAGCAGGCAUGGCAGGAGUCGUCCAUGCGGCUUGCCGUGCAGAGGACACAGGAGAUUAGCGAUCCAUUUCUAUUUGUAGCGCUGCUACAUCGCCGGAUGGAGAAGAUUGCUCGCGAGCACCAUCUCGGCCUCAACCUGGAGCUUAAGAACAAUGCUCAGUCGAUGGGGAAGAUGAAACUGCCCGAGAACUUUGCAACCCCCAAAGUGACGGUGAAGACGAGCCCUGGUCCGGAUGGGACCUUGGUCGAGACCAGCGGAUCCUUCAUUCCGCACGACGCCUAUCUAGUUGAUCAACUUGCGUUGUUAUCUAUAGCCACAAAGCAGAGACUACGCGAACUGGUGGAGGACGCAGAUGUGAUUGCGAAGACGCGGCAAAAGACAUCCCAUGGAGACGUGCCUCCAGAGUGGGCACCUGCUGCCGCUCCGAUGAAUACGGAGCCACUGGAGCCACUGGAGAAGGAUGCUGGCACGAACGGAUCUGUCGCCGCUGAGGCUGAUGCUGGUGCUGAAGCUGGUGGUCGCGGCACCAAUCCAUUGAAGCGUCCUGCUGACACCAGUGACACGGCUGUCAAACAGCCGCCCGCCAAGCUGCCAAAGAUUGCGUCGUACGUGACACUGACGAUGCGAGACCUGGCCAGACAGGAGCGCGAGUGGGAAGAGGCUCGGCUGCGGCGACGCCAGCUGCGCAAAGAAGGCCUGAGUGACGGGGCUCCAUCAGCUUCACGAGCGGGUAGCGCUGCACCCGGUACGCCCGGAUCAGUGGCUCCCGAGUCGGAAAAGGCCAUGACGAAGAAGGAACUGAAGAAGACGCAGGCGAUGAAGGCCGCGGAGGCGAGCAGCCAUGCGAACCAGAACCUGACCAGCAGCAUGUUUGCGGGCCUGGGAGGCAAAGGAAGCCUGUUUGGCAAGGGCAAGAAGGGCAAGACGUACGACUGGAUGAACGUUGGCCGAGGAGGAAGCGGAGCUAGUACCCCGACACGGGCCGCUCCCGGACCCGGCAAAGGGCCGAACGGGGUCCCCGGAGCGGCGGCCUCUCCCGGCAACAUGGCACUGACGACGGAGGGCCGCAACCGACUGGGCACGUGGCGAGAGGACAAGGAGAAGGGGAAGAACAUUCAGCUGCGUGACUGGAUCACGGUGCUGGAGAGAGACGGACGAGAGGCCAAGGCGCUGCAGCACGCUUAUAUAAACCUGGACAGUUCGAAUCCUAAAUAA